AUGCCGGGAAGAUUGUGGUACAAGGCUGUUUUUAUCGGCUAUAAACGUGGCCUUCGAAACCACAGAGAGCAGACAGCUCGACUGAAGAUUGAGGGUGUUUCCUGCCAUGAUGAUACAGAACUUUACCUGGGUAAAAGGUGUGAUUAUGUAUACAAGGCAAAGAACAAUACCGUCGCUCACGGUGGUAACCCAAAUAAAACCCGUGUUAUUUGGGGUAAAGUGACUCGUUCCCAUGGUAACAGUGGCACGGUCCGUGCCAAGUUCAGAAGUAAGCUGCCUGCAAAGGCUAUUAGGCAUAGAAUUCGUGUGAUGUUGUACCCAUCAAGGAUUUGA